AUGGCACCACCGUCUGCCGCCCUCUACACACCGACCUUCUUCCUCGCUCUUCUCACCACCCUCCUCCUCUGUGCCUCACUGCGUCUCCUUGCAAUACUCCCAGAUACUCGUUUCAGCUCUCCACCCCCGCGCCGGAAAUCCGGCUCUUCUACGAGAAUCUUGAUCGUUCUCGGCUCCGGCGGCCACACCCAAGAGAUGCUGUAUCUACUCAAAGACCUGGAUCCACGGAAGUACACGCACAGAACAUGGGUAGUCAGCAGUGGUGAUGCGUUUAGUGUCGGCAGGGCGGUGGCCUUUGAGAAGGCGCUUGAAGAGAAGGCGGAAGGCGAGGGGGAGCAGGUUAGGGGAUGGAACAUUGGGUCUGCACACUACGACAUAGCAAUCGUACCGCGCGCACGCAAGAUACAUCAAUCCCUCAUUACGACCCCUUUCUCCUCGCUGUACUGCUUGUGGGCGUGCUUUAGACCGCUCCUAAUCCCCACCACUUCUUCCUCCACCUCGUCCAUCACCGACGCAGAUCUUCCGGACCUCAUCAUCACCAAUGGCCCCGCCACCGCAUGUAUACUCAUCCUGGCCUCGCUCAUUUUGAAAUUCUUCAACGUACAAGGGGCGAGUAGCAGAGGCAAAUGUAAAACGAUUUAUGCAGAGAGCUUUGCACGGGUGAAAACGCUAAGCCUGAGUGGGAAACUGUUAGUGCGGGUUGUGGACCGGUUUUUGGUGCAGUGGGACGGGCUGGAUGGGGUGGGGGGACGGGCGGAGUUUGUGGGUAUAUUGGUGUGA